AUGUCUAAACCAUUGCUUUCAUUACAAUGGUGUCGAUUAUUCCAAUGCUCCCCGAAAGUCCAUAUGCUCCGCCAUGGCGCACCAGUCACAGCUGUCAACGCGCAACCCUCGAAACGAGCCUUUCACACGACCCCGAUAUGGUCGGCUCGACCUCGUCGAUCACCACGCGCCAGACAUCUCGCUGAAAAUCCUACGCAGGGGCAACGUUGGAGAACCAAAGAGGGACUGCGAAUCGACGGCAGUGGUCUUGUCAUUGAUCACCUUACAUCAGAUGUAUCGGACUCGCUCAAUGCCUUCAACCAAAACAAAAAAGCUUUAUACGAGUUCCACCAAACGUUGAUGCCGCCGGGCAUCAACUUGGAGACAUUCGACAGAGUGAUUCAAGAGAUAAUCGUAUCUGCUCACUCCAAGCUUCCCACGGCGAAUACCAUCCGGGCCAUCUCAGUAGACGUCGACGCCCUCUUCCGAAUGUCCCUCUUCCUAGGAUUAAGCGACGCAUAUAUCCCCAAAGCCCACAACAUCUUCAUCUGGGCCCAAAGCGCCUGCGCAAGAGCCGGAUCCCGGCGCGCAAUCGUCCACACCGUCUCAUACUACCUGCGCCACCACUCAGACAUCCAACUAAACACCGAAUGCAUAGCACAACUCAAAGAUCUCGCCCUACACGACGAAUUCCCACCCGCAAUCACACUCUACAUUCAAAUCCUCCUCUGGCGCGGCGACUACGCCGGCGCCGUCGACCUCCUAAAAAACAAAAUCGUGCCCUACACCAAGCCCUCGCUCGUGCCACCGCACCCUCUCGAAGACCUGACAUUAGGGGGUUCCAUCGACCCGCCCGUGCGCAUGGCAAGUCUCGCCCUUUCACAGACGCACGGCCUCGAGGAUAUGAAGGCUGCUAUGAUGCAUGCUGCUAUAGAAUAUCAUGAUCCCGUUGCUUUGACUGAUCUGGCUAUCUUGUUCCUUGAGACUAGUGACUGGGAUGGUUAUGAGUCAAAUAUGAGUAUAGCGGCUGUUACUGGACAUCUCCCUGCGUGUCUGUAUCUGGCCAAUUUCUACUAUAAGAUUUCCCAGGGGGAGAUUCCCACGCUGGCUGAGAGGAGGGCGGCGGAGUCUGGGGAGGCGGAGAAUCCUGGAAAGGGUCCUAGUUGGGUGCAGUCGAUUGUGAAAUGGGCGGAUGGGAAGAUUAAUCCUUUUUUUUCGAGGGAGGAUUAUCGGAAACAUGCCAUUGAUUGGUAUGAGCUUGCUUGGGAGAUGGGGGAUGGUGCUGCGGGUCUUAUUCUCGCUAUACUGCUAAGGCAGGAUGGUUUGGUAGAUGCUGGUCGGGCGGUUUAUACUCUUGCUAAGGAGAGGGGUUUGCCGGCUAAUGUUCCCAGGAAGGGUCUUGUCGAGUUGGAGGAUCGGUGGGAUGAUGUGAGCUUUGAGCCUGGGUUACCUCCUAAGCUUAUGGCGCUGAAGUGA